CUGAGAAGCACAUUCCCUCUCUACAUUCUGCAAGCAGCCACAAUGGAGCCUGUUAGCUUCCAUUAUGCCUGUGCUAUAAGUGCUGCCUGACGCGUUCCUCAACACAACAAAAAUAAUUCCAGUGUAACAGCACUGCCUGUCAGGCAUUUAAAACAAAAACGUGGAUUAUGGUUUCGAGUUUAGAGACUCUCUUUGUAUAAACACACAAUUGUACUCUCUGCUGUUUCUGUGCUGUUGCAGUGUUCAUAUGGAGAACCCGAUCAAAAUCAAAAGGACCGCCAUCACCCUGGCUCAGAAAGUUCAGAUCAUCUUGAAGUUGAACGACCCCUCCUUCAAACAGAAGGAGAUUGCCCGGGAGUAUGGCCUGACCGCCUCAGCCAUCUCCAAAAUUGUCAAGAAGAAAGAGGAGAUUCUGGAAGAAUGGCUGCGUGGUGGGAACCUGGAACGCAAGCGUAAGCGUGAGGGGAAGAACCAGACCAUUGAUGAUGCCCUGCUCAGCUGGUUCUGGACAGCCAGCAAGGAGAAAGGCCCAAUUUCAGGGCCAGUGCUCAUGGCCAAAGCCAAGGCCCUCGCUGAGGAAAUGGGGAUCGAGUUCAAACCCACCAAUGGCUGGCUGUGCCGAUGGAAGAACCGCAACAACCUGGCUUACAAACGCACGCCAAAGGAUAAGCGUGAAUACAGAGGGAUGAGCGACCAGUGGACUGGAUUCUCUGCCUUUACACCUCAAUCUCUGUAUCUGCAAGAUGGGCAGCUGGUCCCAGAUUACUACAGAGAGGGAACAGCAACACAGCCUCUGGAUGAAGCAGGGGAAGAUUCACAUGACCAGUCUGCAGAAGGGGCUGAACGAGAGGAACAAGAUCCACAGUUUUAUGCAGGAGCAGCUGCUUUUUCACAAGCUCCCAGUGGUCAGCAUGGACAAUGGCAUACAAUGGGACCUGGGUCGACUGACAGCUCUUCUGAUGAGAUGCCAACAGCACAAGCUCUGAUAAAGCAGGAUGCAGAUACUAAGCAUAAACCCAAGAGAAUCAAGCAAGAGGAACUGCCCACACAAUCAAGCCACAACUGUCAGUUUUACGCAGCUCCGUUAGAUCUGAGAAGUCAACGAGAGAUGCCUGGAACAUCAAACAAAAUUCCAGCAACAGGUAACCACAACAAGGGAGACAAUAUUAAACAAGAGGAAGACUCUGUCAGCCACGGCUAUCAAUUUUACAAAGAUCAACAGUUCACUUCAGACUCAUCAGACACCUCAUCUGAUGAAGGCACUUUGACACAGCCUGAGAUUCAUCGGGUUACAAGCUCCUAUCAUACUGUAAAACGAGUCAAGCAAGAAGACAGCCCUGAAAAGCCCAGUCACAGUUACUGCUUCUUUAGAGGGCUGGGAGAUUUGGAAGAUCGCAGACCCAAACCAUGCCCUUCAGACACUGCCUCAGAUGAGAUAAUGAGGACCAAGACUCCAAUUUAUCGCACAAUUGCUGGGCGCAGCAAGCAUGAACGGUUAUUGCAAGAGGAAGAGUCCCUGUCCAAACAGCAUCAGAGUCAAAGCAUUCCUUCUUACAAAGGAAAGCAGACACUUGUGCAAGUGCUUCAACAGUUUGGGGCUCAGCUCCCCUCACGAAGCUCAAACAAUGCACCACAAGGGUCACACUCUUUUAAUCCAGUAGCAGAACUUUCUUGCAAUCAAUAUGAAAGGGAAACCAGAGAUGAUGUCAUGUCCAAGAAGAGAAGUCAGUUUUGCAAAGGUAUGAACAGCUGCACAGGAAGCUUGCACUCUACCAAAAAGAACACAGCUGAAGUCAAGGUCCAGGAAGAAUGCUUUAAAAAGGCUGAGCUAGCUUCAAUAUGCAUUCUUCGCAAUGUUUACUUUGCAGCCAAGGAGAUGAUCCCCAAUUCCUCAACAGAAGCUCUGAAUGAGCUGUGCAUACUUCAAGGUCUCACAGACCUGGGAGGACUUCACUCAGACAAGCUCAACUCCUCCGAUGAUUCAAUUGAGGAAUUCCAGCAGGCCAUUGCUGAAGUGACGGAUGAAGGAAUCCUGAAGAAGGCACAGUCCAGUAACUGUUUCAGUAUCCUAAUUGAUGAGUCUGAAGACUGUUUCACAGAGCCGUGCCUAUUUAUGUACCUCCAAAUCAUUGACCAUGUUGCAGGAGGGUAUGAGCCAAAAACUUACUUCCUGGCUGUCAAAAAACUACAGGAAGAGGUCACAGCUGAAAAGAUCACAGUGGAAUUAGUCAAUGUGCUGAAAGAAAAAAAGCUAGACAUGAAACAGAUGUGUGGAUUUGCAAUUGAUGGCACUGCUUUGACAGAUGAAUGCAAGAACAGUGUGGUCACUCAGUUGAAGGCACAGGUUCCUGGUCUCUUAUCCAUCCAGUGUAUUUCUCAUCGAUUAGCUCUCAGCAUUGUGUCUGCUGCAGACACUGUCCCUUACCUAGUGAAGUACCAACAAACUCUCAACUCUGUUUAUAAACACUGUGCUGGGUUGCCCAGGGACGGGCUUGAGGCCAUGCAAAAAGUACUGAGAGACACAUACAAACAGAGCAGUCCUUUCAAGGAUAUUUUGCCAUCCAGGUGGCUUAUAGUCAGAGCAUCAGUUGAAGCUGUAAUACGCAACUUUGGCAAACUUGUCUCGGUGCUCCAGAACAGUCAGUCAGCCAGAGGUGUGGGGCUAGCAAAGACCAUGUGUACUUACAAAUUCUUGCACUGUAGUCAUUUUUUGGCUGACAUUCUCCAUCAGCUGUACAUUCUGUGUAAGAGUUACCAGACGUCCAAUGUUGACUUUUCAAUUGUGCACCCCCUAUUGAAAUCAACAGUCACCACGAUUAAUAAGUUGAGCGCUGAAAGCACUGGCGAAAUGCUUAAGAGUCUUUUGGCUGCACUGCCGGCCAAUAUGUGGGAUGAGAGCCUCUCUGAAAGCUCAUUUAUGUUUCAGAAUCACCGGAUAAAAGCAGGCCGCCAGCAGAGGUCAGAGGCUGAAAGUACCUGCAGAACUUUCCUUGAAAAUCUCACGUGUGACCUUAAGGCCAGGUUCUCCAAAUCCAAGGAUGCAGCCACCAUAACAGCAAUGACUGCCAUAUUCGAUCCUGUACAUGCCUCUGACUCAAAGAAUAGGCACAUCCAAACUGUGACAGAUUACCUGUCUUCACUUUCUGAUGACAGUGACAAAGAUGAGUUUGAAAUGAGCUGCAAACAGGAGCUUGUCAGCUUCAUGAACUUUGUAGAGUCUCAGCCUGGUGUUCACACACUCAUUAGCUCCAAGGAUGUGUGUGAACUUGCACUGAAGCAGAAACUGAUGUUUCCUGUUGUCAGUUCACUGGCAGAACGGUACUUGGUUUUGCCGAUUUCAACUGCAGGUCUUGUGGGGACAUUCUGUAGACAACACAUGUUGAGGACCAAACUUGGGAACUCACUGACCACCAAGUCACUGGAGAACCUGAUCAAGAUCUCCAUCCAUGGUCCUCCUAUCAAGGAGUUCAACUUCAUAGCUGCUUAUUCCAAGUGGGCAUCCAGCAGGGCCAAAAGGGCACAGCAGCAAAAGAGUUAGAGAUUUACUUGUGCUGAUUCUUUCUUUUCCCUUUCGAACAAAAAAAAAUUGUUUGUUAUUAGCAAGGAAGAGAAAGGAACCUAUCUGCAGCAAAACUUUGGAAUCCUAAAACAUAAUACAGUUUCUGCUCAGAGUUUUGCUGCAGGCACAAUGUACAGAAAUUCAGGGCAAAGAAAACAUCUAAUUUGUUUAAACACUCUCCUUUCUAGAAGUUGUUAAUAUUGAUCAUGAAUUGCAUAGACUUCCCCUCUUUUUUAUUCAUUUACAGGAUGAGGGUGUUGCUGGCCAGGCAAUAUUUAUUGCCCAUCACUAAUUGCCCAGAGGGCAGUUAAGACUCAACCAUAUUGGCUGUGGGGCUGGAGUCGCAUGUAGGCUAGAACAGGUUGGGAUGGCAGUUUCCUUCCCUGAAGGACAUCGGUGAAGUAAAUAGGUUUUUACGAUAAUCGACAAUGGUUUCAUGGUCAUCAUUAGACGGUCUUACGAAGUCUGCCGAGGCAGGAUUUGAACGUGGUCCGCAGAACAUUAUCUAGGUCUCUGGAUUAAUAGUCCAGUGAUAGUAUCACUAGGACACUGCUUCCCCUCAGCAUUGAUAACUCUGUCACCUUUCAACCUUCAAGCCAGUUCCUGGGACAGUUACAAACUGGUCAAUAAUUUAAAGAAAAAGAAAGCUUGCAACUAUAAGCGCACCUUUUCGGAUUGCUCAGAAACAUCUCAAAAUAUUUCAAACAAUCUGCUUCCUGAUGCAAUACGUGCUCUAGUUGUGCAUGCAACUCUUUGGCAUUGGUCGAGUUGGAAAGCUGGACUGAUAAAUAGAUGAAUAAUUCAAUGUCAAUUUUUUUUUUAAAAAGUUUGCAGUUUCAAUUUAUUUAAUGUCUUCUUUUGUUAAUCGUCCUUGCAACACAGAAAGGUUUCCUCCCUUUUUCAGGUGUGAUACAGGAGGAGGCAGAGAGGUGAUGAAGGUAUUGAAGAAAAAGGCCUGCAUGUGAUGCCUAACUCACUGCAGUUGGCAGAGCUACUGACAUUUCAUGAUUGUCUAUUGCGCCUGCCAGUUGCGCUGUAGUUGCAAGCAGAGAGACAGAAUGGCCCUAACAGUGCUGUGCCAAUGCAGAAUUGCACGAGCUUUUUUUAAAAAAUUCAUUCAUGUGGUGGCUAGGCAAUAUUUAUCACCCAUCCCUAAUUGCCCAGAGGGCAUUUGAGAGUCAACCACAUUACUGUGGGUCUGAAGUCACAUGUAGGCCAGACCAGGUAAGGAUGGCAGGUUCCUUCCCACAGUUCAUUAGUGCAGUUGACAAUGGAUUCAUGGUCACUGUUAGAUUCUUAAUUCCAAAUAGUUAUUGAAUUCAAAUCCCACCAUCUGCCGUGGCAGGAUUCAAACUUGGGUCCCCAGAAUGUUAUCUGGGUCUCUGGAUUAACAGACCAGUGAUAGGACCACCAGGCCAUCGCCUCCUCAUAAAGAGCCAAUGAUGGUGGUCUGUUCAGUCAUAACAAAGAAGUCCACAUUUCCUGACAUAUAUUUCCAGCAGGAGUCAGCGGAUAAUGAUUCCGGGGAAGAACCCUUCCUUGGACUAGGGAGGCAGAGGUGAGGAAGUGCAGCUUCCCAGCUACUGCCACGGCUAGGACAACACCCUUGCUUUCCUUUAAAUACUGCUGC